AACAACCAAACCGUUGACUGGUACACCUCAGUCAACCCAACAAGACAGCACAACACACCUACUCUUCUUCCUUGUAACAUAAGAUAGAUUAAGACCCGUUAAUGGCGGUUCAUCUCCCUUUUGAUCCUGUCCUCCUCUCCCUUCCCUUCUCAGUCGAUUCAACCCACAAAAAAUAUCCACCCAGAAACCCAGAAAAAUGAAUCCAACCCUCCAAGCUGUAUUAGCAGCCAUGGCUAGUUUUUUCGCAGUAACUGUUCUUUUCGGAGUUCUUAUGGUAAUCUGCAGAACCAGCUCGAAACGACAGCGUCCUAAUCCACCCCGAUCUCGGGUCAGAACACUGGAUACCCGGCCCAAGGCAGUGCCCACUAACAAACCGGAGUUUUCUUCUAUUACUAUAGGAGAAACUACAACCUUUGACCCGAGUUUGAACCCGGUUUCCAUGGGGGAGCUCCUUCAAGCUACAGCGAACUUCUCUCCGGAGCUCAUAGUCGGAGACGGGAGCUUCGGCUUGGUUUAUAAAGCUAAGCUCUCCUCCGGUGUCGCUGUCGCCGUCAAGAAACUCGACGCCGAUGCAUUCCAGGGCUUCCGGGAGUUUCAGGCUGAAAUGGAGACCCUGGGAAAGAUCCACCACCCGAAUAUCGUUAAGAUUCUCGGGUAUUGCUCCACCGGUUCGGAGCGGAUUUUAGUGUACGAGUAUAUCGAGAGGGGAAGUUUGGACCAAUGGCUGUAUGACACGUCGUGCCCGUCCGAGGAUACCGAUGACGUGGACGUGGAGCAUUCAGUUUUCAGGUUGCCGUUAUCUUGGGUAACGAGGAUUAAGAUUAUCAGCGGAAUUGCUAGGGGAUUGGCUUAUAUGCAUAAUUUGGACACACCAAUAAUACACAGGGAUAUUAAGGCCAGUAAUGUGCUAUUAGACGCGAAUUUCGAGGCACACAUAGCUGACUUUGGAUUGGCUAGAAGCAUCGAGGGGUCCCACUCGCACGUAUCGACUCAGGUGGCCGGCACGAUGGGCUACAUGCCGCCGGAAUACCUUAGCGGCGCGACGACGGCGACGAUGAUGGGGGACGUUUAUAGCUUUGGGGUACUGAUGUUGGAAAUUGUCACCGGGAGGCGGCCUAGUUUGCCCUUUCCGUGGGAAGAUGGAAAGGAGAUUAGGUUGAUGGGAUGGGUUAAUACCAUGGUGGCGCAAAAGCGGUACAUGGAAAUGGUGGAUGGUAAUAUCCUAAAGGAUGAGCUCAAGGAAAACGAGGUCAUAGAAGUUUUUAGAAUUGCUAAAAUGUGUGCUACUGAGAAUGGUAAAACUAGGCCAGCAAUGAAGGAGGUUGCCCAAAUGUUGGAUGGAGUUUCUCCACAAAAAUGAGCCCAGUGGCAGUUUGGAGGGGGUUUGAUCAGAUCUAUCUUUUCUUUUUUGGUAUUUUUGGUUUUACCCUGUCUUAGCUUUAGAACCCAUGUUUGCUUGCGGCAAAUUGAGGUGAUCAUGACAGGGAUGUAUAGCAUACAGCUUAUUAUGCAACAGAGUGAUAAGGGUUAUCAGUACUUCGGCUGAAGAAUUCCUCAGCUAAAUGAUUCAACAUAGGAAUUUAGAAUAGGUCAUCAGUACCAUAAGUUGUGGUUAGUUUCUAGUUACAGAACCUGGGAUGUCACAAAUCCCUGUUUUCUGCAAUGUGAGGUUCCAACUUCCAACUUCGCUGAUCCAAGACUCCUGGAAGUUGAAACUCAAAGUAGUGUUAGGUAAACAUGACUUUGUGGCAAAAUUUGGUUCCUGUAAUGCACAGCAGGAAGUAUUUUGUGUAGAACCUCACAGGCGCAUUUUGGCAUAGAAUGGUUCUUGUCACUGAUCAUUUAGUGACAAUUCACGAGAGAGUUUGUGUACUUUCUAUGAUUAAUUAAUGUUGUGACGUACAUGUUCUUGAUUGGAAAUUGGAAGGAUUUCACUUCAUCAUCA